CUAUCUACAUGCAUCGGGAUGUCCAGGAAAUUUUUCGCAAGACCCCCCAUGAGAAGCAGGUCAUGAUGUUCAGUGCUAACUUGAGCAAAGAGAUCUGCCCAGUCUGCCGCAAGUUCAUGCAAGAUCCUAUGGAGAUCUUCGUGGAUGACGAGACCAAGUUGACACUGCACGGGUUGCAGCAAUACUACGUGAAACUGAAGGACAACGAGAAGAACCAGAAGCUCUUUGACCUUCUCGAUGUCCUCGAGUUCAACCAGGUGGUGAUCUUUGUGAAGUCCGUGCAGCGCUGCAUCGCCCUGGCUCAGCUUCUAGUGGAGCAGAACUUACCAGCCAUUGCUAUCCACCAUGGGAUGCCCCAGGAAGAGAGGCUCUCUCGGUAUCAGCAGUUCAAGGAUUUUCAGCGGAGGAUUCUUGUGGCUACCAACCUGUUUGGCCGAGGCAUGGACAUUGAGCGUGUGAACAUCGCGUUCAACUAUGACAUGCCAGAGGACUCGGACACCUACCUGCACAGGGUGGCCAGAGCGGGCCGGUUUGGCACCAAGGGCUUGGCCAUCACAUUUGUGUCAGACGAGAACGAUGCCAAGAUCCUGAAUGACGUGCAGGACCGUUUCGAGGUCAACAUCAGUGAGCUGCCCGAUGAGAUCGACAUUUCCUCCUACAUUGAGCAGACACGGUAGAGGAGUCACCCAUUCUGGACUGUGGCAGUCUGUUGUAGAAGAGGACACGGGGUCAGGAGGAAACACUACCGGCCACCCCUGACGCCUCGGCCCACCCUAUCUAUGCUUCUCUGUGUCACCACCACUCCUAAACCUAGUCCUGAUUUAUCAGAGUUUGUUUGUUUGUUUGUUUUUGUUUUUUAACAAAACUAAGAAUG